AUGGUCGAUUCGUGGGAGGAGGAGACGCUAGAGGCGGCCGUAGAAGUCGUGGAGGAGGACCCGCAGUUUGCUGAGUAUGAGGCGUGGAAGGAGGCGGCGCUAGUGGCGACCGUAGAUGCCUUUGUCGUGGACGAGCGGCAGGAACUGAAGGAGGCGCGGCGGCGCCGGGAGGAGGUGCGGCGACAGCGGGAGCGCCGGUGGGAGGUGCGCCAGCAGAAGGAGUGGGAGCAUCUUGCGCUGCGGCGGGUGAUGCGGGAGGAAGAGCAGCGUCAGGAUGAAGGCUACGAGCGGCGGCGUUUGGCGGAGAUGCAGCUCCGCAUACAGAGGCAGAAGUUGGAUCACCGUCGGCGGCGGGAGGACCUGGAGCGGCAGCUACAUCAGGAGGCGGUGGCCACGGAUAGAUCCGCCUACUUGACGUUCGUGGCGGAGAGAGCAGUGGAUCAUCGAUGGAGGAGCAGCGGACAGAGCAUGGGAGAGAGCUGCGGGCGAUCGUCCACCUCCACAGAACCGGUUGGCCAGUAG